CCUGCAGAGGAGGCCACUGCUAAUUGCCGCGGCGCAGACGGCGUGCAGCCCGCGGUAGUACCGAUGGAGCAGCCCGCGCCCACGACGGCGCAGAACACGAACGAUGAUGAGGAGGAGGAGAUCAUUAUAGACACGGAGGACAAACAAGUGGUCUUCACUUUGGCUGAAGUCGGGCGCCGGGCGGACGGCGACGGCAUUGACACGGAGUCGCCGUGCAUCGGCCCGCUGCGCGCGGUGCAAUUUCUCAAGGUGGCGUCUCAGAAGGAAUGCCUUCGACUCCCCCUCCCAAAAAACGACGGCGAGCAACGCGCGCUGGACGAGAAAAUAGAGGAGAUCAAGGCCGCGGUCUCGUCGCGCAUCGAGAACGCUGCUGUCCCCUUCUUCGGUAAUUUAGCCAAGCGCGGCGUCGCGCCGUCGGCGCGCGACGCCGCCGUUUCUGUAUCAUUAUGUCGCAAGACCGAGAGCCUCUUCCGCAAGCGCGCGGACGACCUCGACACCUCGGACGUGCGCCGCGCGGGAUUCGAUCUCCAGCGGCUGGCGCGCGGCUUCGGUGAGAGAAAAAAAACUGGUUUUUCGACUUUUUCGCGCGAGUGGCAGAGACGUUUCAAAGAGCGAGACGCUGACGCCCACAAGGAAUGGUUAGAACAAAGAACACGAGAUCUUUCCAAAUGGGCACGAAAAGGUAAUAUUUCCCAAUUCCACGGCGGCGAAGAGGGUUAUGCACUGGAGCUGGAAGCGCGCGUGUCCAAAUGUGAGGAGAUUGUGGACUCCGGCACUUUACCGGGUGAAGCUACUGGUUUGAGGACCGUCCUCGUGGGAGGCUAUUCUCUGGGGAUCUGGUGCCGAAAUGUUGCUAGGAAUUACGCCUGUACUGUCAACUACAUGAUUCUUGAUCACAAACCGCUCGUAAAACGACUGGCCGCCCUGGCUGAUAGAAACUACGAUGCACUGGUAGGAGGCGUCCCUCGGGGAUUUCAAAUUGCCAGCCAAAUCCAUCGCGCGGCUUUAACUUGCAAAAAGGGGCUUGAUGAUGAUUGGUCUCCCGUUAGCGACGACGAGCUCAUGAAGAACUUGAACUUUGGAAGAUAUACGAUAGACGAGGAAGCUCACAAGCUGCUACAUCUCAGGAAUGUAGCGAUAAAGAACGGUUUACCUGUGCACGAAUCGGAGAAGGUGAAGGAUUGGGAUGUGAUUAGUUACAAACCGCCAUCUCUCGCAAGUGCAAAUGCUAGACCUCUAUAUAUUGAUCCUUCCCGGCAGAAACAGUAUAAUCAAAUGUCCCUGAUUUUCACAGACCCGGAGGGAACCUUGAAACCACCUACGAAAGAUGAACUCACGACGAGGCUAGCUGGAAAGCACCCUGAUUCCCUAGUGUCGGACGAGCAGUUCAAAGAGGAAUUCGUGGCGGAGUUGCGUUCCUUAGGUGCUUCGGAUGAAGACGUCGAGCUUGUGUCGCGGGAAUGGGGUGUCGAACGUGGGUCCUCUGGACACAAAAAGGGCUUUUUGGAUGAAGACGGCAACGCCAUUUCUAAGAAGGGGGCUAGAGUUAGAUUUGGAGUAGCAACGCCCGCGCCCGCCGAGGCGUUGGACGAAAACUGGGCGAGGGACGCGGAGUCAUGUUUAGAGACGAUCAACAAGCAAAAAGAGCGGAAGCAAAACUCCAAAUUGAACCUGGAGGACGUGCGGGAGACGCUGACGAAGUACGGGUUCACUGGGCCGAAGGCGCCAUGGCCCGUUCAAGCUUACAUCAAAACCCCCAAGCACUGGCCGAAGAAUCCGAAGAAAAGCAUGCAGUCUGUGUUGGCGGUCAAGCGGUACCUUGAGGGCAUCCUCGAAGAUGUUGAUGCUAAGGCUGGUGGUGUUGGUGUUGGUGUUGGUGUUGAUGAAGAAGGUGUUGAAGAUGAUGAUGCUCUGGAGGGGUCUGCGACGGCGGAGCAGAUCUCCGGUUCGGCCCCGGCGCCAGCGCCGAGCGACUUAGAUAGUGAUGACGCGAACGAUUUGGACUUCCUGAAUGCUGUGUAUCCGUCUUCGAAGGCGGAGCAGACCUUAGAUUCGGCCCCGGCGCCGGCGCCGAGCGACUUAGAUGAUGGUCAGGAGAAGAAGGAACCGGAUGCGUCGUCGAGCGACGACUGCGAAAUCAUCGAGCCUCCUCCGCCGGCUCCGGUUCCGUCGGCUCCGGUGGAUUAUAUGACCAUGAGCAGCGCCCAGGCCAUGGCGAUGACCAUUGUUGGCGGCCACGGAGACGCACCGCCGUCCGCCGCUCCGGUCGCGGCUCCGGCCCCGGGCGAAGCUGCUGAGGUGCCCGCGGCGCCGUCGCCGUCGCCGGCGCCGGCGCCGGUGCCGCCCUCGCAGAACGCCGUCGAGCCCGAGUUCGAUUUCGACUCGGAGUCCUAGACGCAGCGCUCCCCGGUCGCGGAUGCCCCCCCCCACACUCUUCCCCUCCCGUGUGCGACACCCUGUAAUAAGACCGUUUUGUAAA